CAUACUUACGGGACCCCUGCAUAAAUUAUCUUUUGAUAUAAAUAAAGUAUAAGGACAUGCUGUUCCAGUGGGGGGGUUCACACUUUCGCGCAAUACAUAUCUAGGGCUAAAUGAAGGAUUCUUGUGGCGGGGAAACAAGUGAAAAUUGCAGGAAGUGAGUGAUUAAAGUCGUGGGAGUGUGAGAAAGUAAUGUGGGCGACAGCCGGGAGGGAGCGGCGCGUGCGCGUAAAAAAAACAGAAAUAGACCCCGGAGCUCCUCCUCCACUUACAGGAAGACCAACCAGGCGGCGUUUACAGGAGCACACUACUAAACGACAAACUAUAGUGAUGUGGGCUGAAAAACUGGGGAAACAGUUGGGCAAUCCGACACGAUCAGUAACUGGGUGGCUGGUCAGUAAACUGCUCACAUCGCACAACCGGGUCCUCGAAGAGAGUGCUGUCCAGCUGAGUGGGAUCCAACCUGGGGACACAGUGCUGGAGCUGGGUCAUGGCCCAGGACUUGGUCUGCAGUCAGCAGUCAAACUACUCACAGAGCCCACAGGUCACCUUAUAGGUGUGGAUUACUCAGAGUACAUGCACCAGAUGGCAAGUGAGCAACUGAAAGAAUUUUUGGCCAGUGGGAAAGUGACCCUACAUCACUGUGAUGUCGCAGCAAUGCCUCUGGCAGACAGCUCUGUGGAUAAAGUCUUUCAUUGUAACUGCUACUACUUCUGGCCUGACCUCAGGAAGGGAGCCACAGAGAUACACCGGGUAAUGAAACCAGGAGGGCUGAUGGUGACCACGCUGAGGCUGUUCCGUGUGGCUACUUUUGCAGCAAAGCGAGUGAUACCAGGAGAGAACUGGCGCCCGCAGGCCUACAUGGCAGCUCUGAGAGACUCUGGCUUCACUGAUGUCAGAAUGGAAGACAGACAACACAAACACAUUGUUUUUCAGGCUAUCUUUGCCACUGCUGGAAAAUAAGACUGAAAUGAAACUGCAAAUGAGAGAUUGUGUGUAUUUUAAAUGCUUAAAUGAAAACAAAUCAAACACAGAAAUUAAGUAAAAUACAAUACACAUUGUUGGUUGUAUUUGCAUUUUAUGCAUUGAUUGUGUUAAUUGUUUUAAAUAACUACAUUGUUUUUCAUUUGUGACACGGAUUUUCCAAACCACAUCAAAAUCAAAUCACAACACAGAAAACUAAAUGAAAAUAUGUAAGUCAUAUCAGUGUGUAUUGUAUUUCUGUGUUUGAUUUAAUUUCCUUCCCUAAAAUCUUCCAUACCUCUCAGCUGAACCACACUGUAGAGCUGCCUUGUUGAACAUUUCCUUGAUACAGAGGGGUCUUAGACUAGACUAGACACUACCUUAUAUUUGAUUAAACUGUAAAGCUGUUUGAUAUGAUUGACAUUAAAUAAGGAUGUGCUGUUCAUUUCUGUUUGACAAGCUGCUGGCUCCAGAUAUCAAGUAACUGUCACAAAAGUUAAAAAAAAUAAAAAACUACAAUAAUUUA